UAUCCCAGCGUUCCCGUCGUGCCGAGUCCAACAUGGCGGCCCCCAUGUUGCGGCGCUUUCUCCGGGGCCGGCGGUGUGGGACCCCGGGCCUGUCGGGAGUCUUGCUCCUGGGACAGCGUGAGGCCCAUUCGGGCGCUCAGGGGUUGCUGGCGGUGCAGAAGGCCCGGGGUCUGUUCAAGGAGUUCUUCCCCGAGAAGGGGGCGAAGGUAGAGCUGCCCGAGCUCUUGGACCGUGGCUCGGGCAGCUUUCCCCAGACCGUCUACUGCGGCUUCGACCCCACAGCCGACUCGCUUCACGUGGGGCACCUGCUGACGCUGCUGGGCCUGUUUCACUUCCAGCGAGCGGGCCACAACGUGAUCGCCCUGGUGGGGGGGGCCACCGCGCGCCUCGGAGACCCCAGCGGCCGCACCAAGGAGCGCGAGGCGCUGGCGCCGGAGCAGGUGCGCGGGAACGCGCGCGCCCUCCGCCGAGGCCUCGAGGCCGUGGUGGCUAAUCACCAGCGGCUCUUCGCCAACGGGCGGCCCUGGGGAAGCUUCACGGUCCUGGACAACGCGGCCUGGUACCAGAAGCAGCACCUGGUGGACUUCCUAGGGGCCGUGGGCGGCCACUUCCGCAUGGGCACGCUCCUGAGCCGCGUGAGCGUGCAAGCCCGGCUCCAGAGCGCCGGCGGCAUGAGCUUGGCCGAGUUUUUAUACCAGGUGCUCCAGGCUUACGACUUCUACUAUCUGUUCCAGCAUUACGGAUGCCGGGUCCAGCUGGGUGGGUCCGAUCAGCUGGGCAACAUCACGUCCGGAUACGAGUUCAUCCACAAGUUGACUGGAGAGGAUGUAUUUGGAAUCACUGUGCCUCUAGUUACAAGUACAACCGGAGCAAAACUGGGAAAGUCCGCUGGUAAUGCUGUUUGGCUAAACAGAGAGAAGACCUCUCCAUUUGAAUUGUAUCAGUUCUUUGUCAGGCAGCAGGACAAUUUGGUAGAAAGGUACCUGAAGCUCUUCACUUUUCUGCCCCUUCCAGAGAUUGACCACAUAAUGCAGCUACACGACAAAGAGCCAGAAAAGCGGGGUCCUCAGAAACGACUUGCUGCCGAAGUUACAAAGCUUGUUCAUGGACAAGAAGGGCUGGAUUCUGCUAAAAGGUGUACACAAGCGCUCUAUCACAGUAGCAUAGAUGCACUGGAGGUCAUGUCGGAUCAAGAGUUAAAAGAGUUGUUUAAAGAAGCAUCAUUUUCUGAAUUAGUUCUUGACCCAGGAACAAGUGUCCUAGAUAUAUGCCGCAAAGCAAAUGCCAUUCCAGACGGCCCCCGGGGGUAUCGGAUGAUAACAGAAGGUGGAGUCAGCAUAAAUCACAGACAAGUAACAAAUCCUGAGAGUGUUUUGGUUGUUGGACAACAUAUUCUUAAGAACGGACUUUCAUUACUUAAAAUAGGAAAAAGGAAUUUCUACAUUAUAAAGUGGCUUCAGCUAUGACGACAAAUCCUCUGGUGGUUCCGACGGACUUGUCCAUCACAUUCUCAAGAUGUACCAGAGGUUGGCUCCAGAACUUCUACUUCGCUCUGCAAGUCAAACCACAGAGAACGGAGUAGGCCCUAGGCCUCCGAGCGUGAGUAAUUCCAUUAUUUCCACAGGGUGGUUAAGACCAAGGGCUUGUGUACUGAGGGGGUUGAUCUCCUGAGCCGCAGGCGUAACGACUACCAAGAAAACCGUGAUUGCGAAGGAUCAUCUCUCUUUUAAAAAUUGUUUCGUGAAAGAGCUGUCCUAUGCUUCUCAGUCCUUGUAGAGGUGAGGAAGAACAGCGACCAGGGCAGCAAAGGGCUCCUUCCUCUGGGAGGAGGGGUCGCUCCCUGAUCGCACUCACCAACCCCAGCAGCACCCUCUCGUGUCCACAUCGGAAAUGCGAAAAAUACUGGAAACGUAAAUUUCUGGAUUUUUUGUGGUUUAUGAAGCAAACAGUUCUCCUUAGGAAGAAAAGUAUUACAUACAUUAAGGCAUAGUUGGCAGUAGAAGUUAUAGAAAGUUUCCUUUCAAAGAAUAAAACUCAGUACUUUUCAUAAAAUUUCUAACCCAGUUUUCCAGUCCCUUGCAUAAUUAAAUUUACUCACAGCCUUGCUGUGCCAGAUUACUAAGGUAGCAGUAUUUUAUAAAUCUGGAAACUUACAUUAGUUUAAUAUUAUUAGUAAUAUUUAACAUUAGUUUAAUAUUAUUAGUAAUAUUUAACAGUAACUAAGUUUCAACUCCUGUCCCCAAGCAGAUUGCAACUUGAGAUAAACUGAAAAGUAGAGAGAAGAUAGAAGCAAACAUUAUACCAAAUAUCUAAUCAUAUGAGAAUAUCUAAAGGUUUUGUUAAGCUAAGGGUAGUUUUCAGGAUUUAGAAUCAAGACCUAAUUAAGCACUAUAUACAUUGGGCAAGUUCCAGUUCUCAGAACUGUUUCCACAUCUGAAAAAUCAAGGUAGUAUUACCCUCUUUCCUUGAGGACCAAGUGAAACGCAAAUACAGAAUGGUUCAUGAUCCAGUUCCUUCUAGAAAACCUUAUAGGCAGCAAAGCAUGGCUUUAAUGUUCAGAUCCUAGGCAUUUACCACCUGGAUUAUGUGAAACUGGAUCGCCAUUCUUAUGUGUAAAACUGGAGAUGGACUAAUAAAUACCUCUGUGAAUUUUAAGAAUAGGAAAAAAUUUGUAGAACCUUUUAUAUAGUAGAAGCUAUACUAUGUUCCAAUGAGGUGUGUAUGUUAAAAAACUAUAGUUUAUCUAAACCUUUCUCUGGGAGCAAAGUUAGGAAGAAUUCAUUUAUUGACAAAACUUUGUCAUUUCAUACCAGCAAUUUUAUUUACAUAGCAAGAACAUACAGCAGUCCACUGUAAAUGUCAGAGAUCAUCUCAACACAGAGCUUCCCUCAGUUUGAGAGCCAGUAAAGGAAGGUUCUCUAACUUCCCAUACCUUUCUUGCACAAGGUGUGUAGUGCCAGCAAGUACAUUACCGUAGCCUAUUUUUAAAAGUAACCUUUUCAAUUUGAAAUAGGUUGGAUAUUACAGAUUCAGAAGGCUGAGAUGGUAGUCCUCUGACAGCAUCUGGAGUAAAUCAUGGAUGGCUGUACUGACGGAUGAUGGCAAAGUGACUCUGAAGUGUGUGCUAACAAACAUCUAGGUAGUGUGCAUUCUAUCCAGAUGGUACUAUUAACAGAUUUAGAACAGUACCGUAUCUUGUAAGAUUGAAUCUGUUUUCUUAUGUUUGAGAUCAGUUGCUGAGCCUGUUUCUUGCUAGUCAAUGGGUGCCGGAAGCUCAAGUCAACAGACACAUUGUCCUGCCAGGAGUCCUUCAUCAAUGUCAUAAUUUAAGAGAAAUGUUAACAUGUUGAGUAAAUUAUGUAUCGCAGAUAUAGUAUCUGUUAAGAGAUGGAGCUAGAUGCCUUAAAGAUUUUGACCUGUAUCUUAAAAUUUAUAAUGUAAUUCCUAUCAAGGAUCAUCUGGGGAAUCUUAAUAAAAUGUGAAUAUGUUCUAAACCUCACCCCCAACCUCUGAAUACAUUUUAGUAGUGUAAGCCUUCAGGUGUGUAGCUGUGUCCAGGUGUUUUUCUUAAUAAAGUUCCGCCAGUAUUUUCAUA